AUGCAUUACGCGAGCCUCCGGCUUGUAUUCUCUGCUAUUAAGCACGAUCAUCUCACGAGUGAAGAAUUCAUCGACGUGCUAUUUGAAACAGCAGACAAGGGUGGUGAUUCAACAUACACCGACGACGCGGGCAACUUGAUUCUAAAGGUCGCCCAGGAGUCAGAGGAUGAGGGGAGAAAGCGGGAUAACGAUGUACUUGCAAUGAACUUUGCGCGAGAACGCUGCACUCGCGAAAGAAGGAGGCUGGCUGAAAGUUCGACUAUUGUCGGCAAUCACAACAACAAUGACUUCAUUACGACGGCAAAGACUAUCCUCAGGACAAAACUUUAUAUCGUUAGCACAGUUGUACCAAAACCUCAUCCUCCAGAUUCUUUCACAAUGCAAUACCAAUCUGUUCUCACGCUCGUCCUCGCUCUUGCAUCGCUGGGCGCCGCCCAAGGUGCUAUCUGCCCAGAUAACCGUGUUCCUCAAUGUUGUGCCACUACGAUAGUGGAUGUCUUGGGAGUCGUAGACCUCGAAUGCCAGCAACCACCUGCAACACCGACUAGUGCUGCUGAUCUGCAGAGCAUGUGUGUCAUGAGCGGAAGAAGAGCGAGAUGCUGUGCUGUACCUGUUGCGGGGCAAAGUUUGGUUUGCGCAGACCCUUGAGCUCAAGCGUAAUAGAACAGUUAUACUCUGGGCG